CCUCCCUCCCCUCAUCGCGCCUCGUCCCAGCACAUCAUCUCCUCCACCUUUUUUCAUCGGCUGUCACCGUAGUCCACUCCAUCGCAACAUUCCCUCUCUACGAGUACUCCCGUACACGACCCAGAUCCUCCGUCACAAGGGAUGUUUGUUUCCUCUCUGUUGUAGUUGCACUCGAAAUCUACACUAUCCCAACUACCUCAGUAGCCAGUCUUGUGUUGUGUUGUGUGGCAUACUGGGAAAUAUCUGUUUUCCCAUGUCAUGCUACUGCCACUCCAUCUGCCCUUUAUCACAUCGCUUGACUGGCAUGUCACUACGGCCCUCACUUACUCUGUGUUGCUCGUGACAUCUCAUUCCUUUUGUUAGGGGUGUUUUGUUGCUCAAACAGACCCGUUCAACAUGAUGCCAGUUCUUUGUCUUCUUGGUUAGAAGACUACCCUUCACCACGAUCCCACUGAAUCCCCAUCACCGUCGUCGUCCUCACCUACCUAGCCAUGACCCUCCUCGACUUCUUCCGCAGCAUUCUGCGGCAUUUGGCGGCGAUGCUCCUCUUUCCCUCCACCCUCAAGACCAUGGCGGUGUCACCAAAGUCCUCAUCGACCAAGGUCACGGUGGUCGAGACCACAGCCGGCCCCUACACCCUCGAUUCUCUAAAGGACGAAAUCAUGCGCCUAUUCAGACAGCCUUGCACGAUGCGUCGAAUGUUGUCCAUGUCAUCUGCUCUUCGGAUUCAGUACAAGGCCAAAUUGCAAGACAGCCAAGCCUGCAUGCUACCCUCCUUCUGCCACACCUUACCGACCGGCCAAGAGAAGGGGACAUAUGUCGCCCUUGAUGUGGGUGGCUCUACGUUCCGAGUGGCUAUGGUGGAAUUAUGUGGAAGAGGUGGACAGCAGUCCCCCAUGACUGUCAAGCAUAUGAGCGCUUUCAAAAUUGAUGAACGCAUACGAAGACUGCCGUCUACACAGUUUUUUGAUUGGAUUGCUGGUAGAAUUCGAGACAUUCUACAAGCACACCCAGAAGAUUGGUCGCAGCAUGAGUCUGUGUCACUAGGGCUGGCCUGGAGUUUCCCCAUUGAACAAACAAGCCACCGGAGUGGAAAGAUGCAGGGUAUGGGGAAAGGGUUUGCCUGUCACGAAGACACCAUCGGUAUGGAUCUGGCUGGGUUGAUCGAGUCCGCAUGCUCUCGUCAGCAGAUUAAUGUCAAUGUCAAAGCAAUCAUCAACGAUUCUUCGGCCACACUCCUUUCUCAGGCUUAUAUUGAGCCUGCCACUUCCAUGGGGUUGAUUCUUGGUACUGGAACGAACGCGGCUGCAUUCCUUCCCGUGGCGUGUAUGGGAAGAUCCAAAUUCGGGGCACGAGAUUCAUCGUGGUUUGAAAAGGCAGACAAGGUUAUCACGAAUACCGAAAUAUCCAUGUUUGGGAAGUCGGUCCUACCGGAGACUCGAUGGGAUGAAGCAUUGAACCAACAACAUCAACGACCCGACUUCCAACCUUUAGAAUACAUGACCACUGGUCGUUAUCUCGGCGAGCUUCUCCGACUGAUUAUCCUUGAAGGCGUCGAAACGGGUGAAUUGUUCGAGGGAACCAUGCCACGUGUUUUGAGGGAACCGUACUCUCUGGACACCGAGAUAAUGGCCAGACUGGAAUUGGACAAGUCGAAGAAUGCCGAGGAUUCAAUUCCGGCAAUCCAAAAAGCUCUGGAGUUGCUAAAUCCCCCAACUACGAAAGAAGUUGCCUUCUUGCGAACGGCAGCCGAAGCAAUCUCAUAUCGGGCAUCUGCAUACAUAUCUGUGGCCAUCCAUGCCUUAUGGGCUUUGCAGAAAGAUUCUGAUAUUAAUCCCAAGUCAGCGUCGGGUGUGCCAAGGACUUCAAUUGCGUGUAAUGGAAGUGUCAUCCUCAAAUACCCGGGGUUCAAGAGCAGAUGCGAAGAAUUUCUUCGACAGAUGUUGUCAGAAGAAGGGCGACGAUCUGUUCCCGAAGAGAUUGUACUCCGGCCGACCGAUGAAGCUGCGAUUUUUGGUGCUGCCGUGGCUGUCGCACUAGCCGAUGUCCCUUGAGCUUUUCGGGUGCUUCGGAUGAUCCUCCCAAGUUUACCGAUGCUUGAGACGUUGAAGGGUGUUACCACUACUGCAAGUCGCCUGAAAAGAGCCGGCAGAUUGAGUGCUGCAAAUGUCACUCAACAUUGACACAGGACAUACCUGACCUCUAGCGAAGUCUCGGAGCUCAACACUAAGAGUUUCCGUCGACACAUAGUAGCUUUCCAACGCACCCAGAUUCCUUCGUUGCAUGUGUUGAGGCUGGUCCUGUCUGUUGGACAUACCGCAUAGCCACUGGUGAAGCAGCACGAGCUUCAUUCAGGUGGCGAAGAAGAUUCUUAUUGGCGAACUGACUGUCGGGUGUCGUCGGCGAUGAUGAUGAUUGCCGUGACCAGAGCCAAAUACCUAGGUAUAUGUUCAGGCAGAGAUAUGCUCCGGCGUUGGGAUAGUCCUGCUUGCGGGAUUUAGAACGUAUACGGAUGAAAGGAGCGUUGUCUUGGAAAGAGGGCUUUGGAGAAACUGUGCGGAAUAGAGCUUGUUGUGGUAUAGCACAGAACAGAUAGAUUGAUGCAAUGCUGUAAUGGCAAUAUAUAAUGCAAAUACAUAUCAUGAAACACGC